AUGGGAAUAACAAUAAACAAGCCAUUAAACUGCUUAGGAAGCAGCUUUCUGAUGCCUAUAAGCAAGAGGAACUUUUUUGGAACCAAAUGGCUUCAAAAUGGGGACAAGAAUACAUCAUAUUUUCCUACUUGUGUGAGUGGCAGAAAGAAAAGGAACAGAAUAUCCAGACUUGAGAAGGAGCAGGGAGGGUGGUAUACAACUGAUGAGGAAAUAGGGGAGGAAAUUGCUCAAUUCUACAACCAACUCUUCACAUGUUCGAAGCCUUCAGAAUUUGAUGAGAUAUUAAAUGGUAAUCCUGGGACUAUCACUGAACAGAUGAAUCUACAACUUACCAGACAUGUAAUUGAGAAGGAAAUCAAAAUUGCAGUGUUUUCCAUGCACCCAAACGAAUCCCCUGGCCCAGACGGUAUGUCCCCUGUUUUCUUUCAAAGGUUUUGGAAUAUCAUUAAAGUAGAUGUAGUGGACACUAUCCAAGGCUUCUUACACACUGGUUUCCUCUCUAAAGCUAUCAAUGAGACCCUGGUCACCCUUAUUCCUAAAAUAGACAAUCCCCUCAAUCUUGCUCACUUUAGGCCUAUCACUAAUGGUGAUGAAGCAGGACAUAUAAACGAAAUUUUAGAGUGCUAUGGAAAAGCGUCUGGGCAACAAGUUAACAUUAACAAAUCAGCAGUCUUUUUCAGCAAAAAUACAAACGGUAGAGAGAAGGGGGAGGUGCUGCAGAAGCUAGGAGGAAUCCAACAGGUUUCACAAAGGAAGUACUUGGGCUUACCUUUAGUUGUUGGAAAGUCCAAAAACAGUGUGUUCAGGAAAGAGGUUCUACUCAAAUCAGUAGCUCUUGCACUCCCAUCCUAUGCUAUGUCAGUGUUCAGACUAUCAAAGAGCCUGUGCAAAGAGUUAAGCGGGAUGAUGGCCAGAUUUUGGUGGGGAAAUGAUCAAGGGGAAAAAAGAAUGCAUUGGAAGAAAUGGACUGAUUUGGCGGAUAGGAAAGAGAAUGGUGAACUUGGGUUUAGGGACUUACUUUGCUUUAAUGAAGCAUUGUUAGCCAAACAAGUAUGGCGGCUUCUUACUUGCCCCAAUUUGUUGGUGAGUAAAGUUAUGAAAAGCAAGUACUUUUCUAAAUCUAAUAUUUUCGAGUCCAAAGUAAAGGCUAGAGCUUCUUGGAUUUGGCAAAGCUUGCAUAGUUCAUUAGAGAUGCUAGAAAAUGGGGUGUGGAAGCAAGUGGGGGAUGGGACAACAGUGAAAAUUUGGAAGGAUAGAUGGAGAGAAUGCUCAAAGACUGGGAGAGUCUCCUCCCCAAAACCGAAUGGCUGCCAACUGACCAAGGUUAGCAACUUGAUUAAGGGAAAGUAA